GAUUGGCUGCCUGCGUGGGCGCGCUCGUGGGCGCGCUCCCGCAGCUCGGAGGGCUUGUCAGCAGCUGCUGUUCAACUAGGAGCGGCUGUCAGGACACAGACGCUUCAGAAGAGCGAGAGCAAGAAGGACAACUUUGACUAAACUGCAGGUUAGUGUCAGCCAUCACCGAAAAUGAGUAACAGCAUGAUGAGACGAAUAACCGAUGGUCCUAAACCCUCGGCGCCAGUGCUGGCAUGUUCAAAGACUGUUUUGUGCAUUAUGCCCAUUGUUCAGAUUGCAAUCGGGGCAGUAUACUUGGACGAGUGUCCGGUCCAGAGCAAGAUCCCCAUCUACCUGAUCGUGACGGGGGUCUUUGGCGUGGUUCUUAAUCUCCUAACUUGCCUGCCCUGCACCCAGGACCCUAAAGACGGCUCGCGGACAAUGCUAAGCCAGGCCUUUGCCACCUGGAACUCGCUGGUGUCCACGUUCCUCUUCUGCUGGUUCAUCACUGGAAACGUUUGGAUUUACUCCGUUUACCAGCCUAACUACAGCAAGAACGCCACAGAUGUGAGCUCCUACUGUAACAAGACGCUCUACUUGUUCGCCUUCUGGACCACCACGCUGGUCUACAUCCUGCUGGGUCUAUUCCUCCUCACGGGCUUCUGCGUCCUGUUCUGCUUUUUCUUGUGUGGCCGGGCGGACCCCGACGACAACAACGAGCCCUGAGAGACUGCAGGGAAAAUUUUAGAUGGGCAGCCUCUCAUGUGACUGCGCAUCACCUGAAGCUGUUCGUCAACUCUCAGAUGAAUGAUCUUAUUUCUAAAACAAAACCAGCAGAACCAGUUCCAGUCUUGACCUUUGUGGUGGCUAAAUCUCUUAGUUUUACUCUCAGAUGAUGUGCGUUUUAACACUUGUAUUUGCUGUCCACGUUGCUGUAUAUUGUCUAACACUGAAUGGAUGAAUGAAUGCUGUUUUGUUUGACUUUCUAUAACUACUAUGCUGGAAGCCAUGUUUGGUGAGGUGUUUACAUCUCAAGAGGAAAUGACAAAAUAUCUGUUUUAUUUUAUUGCUUGUGUUACUUGGGGUUGCCCACAAAGGUGGAGGAAGCAGAUGAUGUAUAUACCAAGCAGACUAAAAUAAAAGACAAAACUUUA